UUCCGCGUGAUUUUGUGACUUGAAAAUAAUUCACGCUGACUCCAAUGAAUGGUCUUAGAAAUUAAAACAAUAAAUAUUUAACUAAAAAAAAUAAUUUAUUAUUAAAUAAAAUGUUAUCACGAGCUGCUGUGUGUAUUAAUAAUCGUGUGUUAUCAAAAACACAUGUAAUAUCACAGAAAUUUACGAAUCGUUCAAUCCACGUGACAUGUAGAAGUGUCACCUCAAAGUUACGAUUAAAUUUGUCAAGGAAAUCAACUCCGGCUAUUUGCUCAUCAUUUGUACGAGGAAUCAACACCGAUGGUGCGGAAAUAAAAAGUGUCACCGGGGAAUCUGUUAAUAAAGUAACUGAAAAUGUCACCCCAGCAACUGGACCAUUGGAAGCUAUUCCAGAUGUACCUGUACCACCACCAGUGACUGUUGAAGAAAUAGUAUCCGCUACAAAUGCACUAGGAGAACCGACUUUACAAUCCCUUGGACUCGGUGGUUGGUCGCCUAUUGGUAUUAUCCAACAAUUAUUAGAUAUGGUCCAUGUUUCGUGCGGAUUGCCAUGGUGGGCAACAAUUGCACUUGGAACGGUUUGUGUCAGGACUUUACUAUUUCCAUUAGUAGUAAUAUCUCAAAGAAGUACAGCGAAUUUACAUAAUACAUUACCUGGAUUACAAAAAAUACAAAAUAAAAUAACAGAAGCUAGAGCCGUUGGUGAUCAAUUGCAAGCUGCACGUUAUUCGCAGGAGCUGAUGUUUUAUAUGAAAGAAAAUCAGUGCAAUCCUUUGAAAUCAAUGAUCGUUCCAUUGUGUCAAGCACCGAUAUUUAUUUCAUUUUUUUUCGGAUUAAAACGGAUGACAAAUUUACCAGUGGAUAGUAUGCGUCAAGGUGGGCUCUGGUGGUUCACAGAUCUCACUGUUACUGAUCCUUAUUUUAUAUUACCAAUAAUGACAAGUGCUACACUAGCAAUUACUCUUAAGCUGGGUAUCGAUGGUCCAAAAUUGGAGACUAUGGGAAUGAUGAAAUAUGUUAUACAAGCUAUUCCUAUUAUAAUUUUACCAUUCACUAUAAAUUUCCCAUCUGCAAUCGUUUGGUACUGGGUAUCAACAAACAUAUAUUCAUUGAUGCAAGUUUCUAUAUUAAAAAUUCCUAAAAUAAGAGAAUUAUGUAAAAUUCCCAAGCAAAUACAACAUCCGCCCAGCCAAUUACAACCAAAGAAAGCUUUCAAAGAAGGAUUCAAAGAGUCUUGGAGUAACAUGAAAACUGCACGUGAAAUGGCUGAUCGUCAACAUUUGGACACAAUUCAAUUCAAUAAAUUCGGCAGAGGACCUUUACCCAAAACAUAUGCAUACAAUCCUGUCGAAGAUUCAAAAAAACGUGCAGUAGCUGCUGACAAAAGAUGAAUUUAUACUUUAAUUAAUUAUGUAUCAUAAAAAUAAUAAAAAAGAAAAAGAAACAAAAAAAAAUUUUUUAAUUUUUAUGUGUAAUAGUUCUAUUUAAUAAAAAUAUAAAUUAUCUUCUGUAA